AGUCGAGGCUGCUCGUUCGCUCGCGGCCAUGACUGACAUUCUCUGCGACUGGCUGAACAGAGAAGUGAAGCUCUCGCGGCCAGUGGAUCAAGAAUCUUUUGCCAGAGAAUUUUCCUCUGGAUUCCUGAUUGGAGAACUUCUACACAAAUAUGAACUUCAGGAUGACUUUGACCAGUUUUCGCAAAGCAGAGUCGCCAGUGCAAAACUUAACAACUUUUCUCGCAUGGAGCCCACCCUACAGCUCCUGGGCGUGCAGUUUGAUCAAAACGUGGCCCGAAAUAUCAUGACGGAGCAACAUGGGGCCGCCACCAAGCUUGUGUACCAGCUGUACGUGGCUCUAGAGAAGAAGAAGAAAGCUGGCCUCACCGGAGUCGCCAUGGAUGCCAUGAGACCCUCGGCGCCUGCAAAGCUCAAGAGUGUUGGAACUGAGAUGUAUCGAGAGCGCCUUAAAACCUUAGUGCCGCGUCAAGCGGACUUGUCGCUCCAGCAGAUUUCGGACAACUUUCAGAGCAAAGCCAAGGAUAUGGACAGUAAGAAAGGUCAGAUGUAUCUUGUGGAGCAACAGAAAGCAAAAAAACUGCAAGAGGAGAAAAAAAUUAAAGACAUGGAAAAGAAAGUUGUAGAGAGGAGGAGGCAGCAUGAAAUCAUGGCCAAGAUUCAAGCCGCCAUCAUCCAGAUCCCAAAACCGUUGCCGCAGCACACCAUGCAGGCGAUCGAAGCCCAGAAAUUACUGAGGAAGAAAAGGGAGGCAGAAAGCACUUACACAGAAAUUCGGAAGUUUGAACAGCAGAUGAGGAAAGAGGCAUCCAUGCACACCAUCAGCAAACUCAAUGACAGCAUGAUGCAGAUGGUGUUGCAGACGCGAGACUUGACUGCUUCAUCCCCAGCCAUCACACAGCUGCUGAACACCUACUCGGAUGAUGAAUACAUAAGGAAAAUUCAGAAACGUCUUGAGGAAAACACCUUUGCUCGUGAGCAGCGAGAAAAAAGGCGAAGGAAGAUGUUACAAGAGCAACUCGUAGCCCAUGAAGCACAAGAGGAGGCAUAUAGAGAAGAGCAGCUCAUCAACCGACUAAUGAGACAGUCACAGCAGGAACGCAGAAUUGCCGUACAGCUGAUGCACGUGCGGCAUGAAAAGGAAGUGCUAUGGCAGAACAGAAUUUACAGAGAAAAACAGUUUGAGGAAAGACGACUUAAAGAAUUCCAAGAAGCCCUUGAUAGAGAGGCGGCUCUUGCAAAACAAGAGAAAAUUGAGCUUGAGGAUCAAGCCCUUAAAGAAAAACAGCUGCACGCAAAACUUGCUGCUGAAAGAGCCGAGGCUCGCUAUAAGAAGCAUUAUUCUGUUUGUUGGGAAGUGGUUGAACAAAUCAUUGAUUUAGCAACCAAAAUAGGAGAAUACCGAAUGCUGACAAACAACUUAAUCCCAGCAAAGCUGAUGCGUGACUGGAAGGAGCUCUUCUUAAAAGGAAAACCAGUUUAUGAGCAAGCUGUGAUCAACCCUUUGCCACCUGAGCCAACCCCUCAGCAGCUUGUAGAACUGGACAAAAUGAAUUUUCUAGAUGAAAAAGAUUAUAAUGACUAUAAGGUACUCCCAACUGACAUGGCAUAGUGGAAGAACAUAAAUGGCUUGUAAAAAAAUCAUUGCUCAUGACUGCCACCUGUUGUCUGUGAUGCUACAUAGGUUUGAUUGACAGUUUAUUAGACUUUUAAUACACAUUUUCACAUGGUUCAAUGUACUUCAUUCAUAAUCUGUUUUUCUGGGACUAGAUGACACCUCAAUUCAUUGCCAUUUUGGAAGGCUGUGCCAUCACAUUAAAUAUUUUGUUGUUCUGCCAAAAGUACAGUUAACAUCAGUAUGCAAGACCAUCAAAGUUGCAAUAAGAGCAAAAACUACUACUAUUUAAGUAGACAUUAAACUGUAGUACAUUCC